AUGACGAUGAACACACUUGAUGCGGACAACCGCGUUAUUCUCAAUGUCGGUGGUAUACGGCACGAAACGUACAAGGCAACACUUAAGAAAAUUCCGGCCACACGUCUGUCCAGAUUGACUGAGGCAUUGGCAAAUUACGACCCUGUGUUGAACGAAUAUUUCUUUGACAGACAUCCAGGGGUGUUUGCUCAAAUUCUGAACUACUAUCGGUCUGGGAAGCUACAUUACCCUACCGACGUAUGUGGUCCCCUGUUUGAGGAAGAGUUGGAAUUCUGGGGUCUGGAUUCGAAUCAGGUGGAGCCAUGUUGCUGGAUGACAUAUACUUCACAUAGAGACACACAAGAUGUGUUAGGGAUAUUGGACAGACUCGAUCUCGAUACGGAUAAGCCUACAGAAGAAGAUAUAAUGAAGAAGUUCGGAUGGGAAGAAGAAUAUCGAGCUGGUGAACUCAAUUGUUGGCAACGGAUCCAGCCAAAGAUUUGGGCACUCUUUGACGAACCUUACUCUUCAUCUUCAGCAAAGAAGGUGAUUGCCGUGGUGUCAGUUUUCUUCAUCGUGGUUUCUAUUCUGUCCUUCUGUCUAAAAACACAUCCGGAAAUGCGAGUUCCAGUCUUGCGCAACACAACCUCAAAUGCGUCAGACGGCAGCUUAACAUGGCGCCUGGAAAAACGGAAAACAGAGCCACACGAAGCGUUCUUCUACAUAGAGUGUGCUAGUAAUGCAUGGUUCACGUUUGAAAUUAUCAUUCGUCUAAUAGUUGCUCCGAAUAAACUGGAUUUCCUCAAAGCACCGGUGAAUAUAAUAGACAUAAUAGCCACGCUUUCAUUUUAUCUCGACUUUUUAUUAACAAGUCUAAAACAGGAAAGCGACAUUCUGGAAUUUUUUAGUAUUAUCCGUAUAAUGCGAUUGUGUAAAUUGACUAGACACUCGGCUGGCUUGAAAAUUCUUAUCCACACGUUCAAGGCUAGUGCCAAGGAAUUGAUACUUUUGAUUUUCUUUCUUGUAUUGGGAAUCGUGAUCUUUGCGGCUCUUAUAUUCUACGCUGAGAGAAUCCAAUACAAUCCUGAAAACGACUUCACCAGUAUCCCCGUUGGGCUUUGGUGGGCCAUUGUCACCAUGACAACUGUAGGGUACGGAGACAUGGUGCCUAAAACGUAUGUCGGCAUGUUUGUUGGAGCGCUUUGCGCCCUCAUGGGCGUAUUGACAAUUGCUCUACCUGUACCCGUCAUUGUCAGUAACUUUGCACUCUUCUAUUCCCAUACGCAAGCGCGCUCUAAAUUGCCGAAAAAGCGAAGACGAGUGUUACCAGUGGAAGCGCCGCGGCCAAAAGGUCCCAAGGCAGCGGGGAUGCCCGGGGGGCAGGGACCAACCAAUAGGCGCAUGAACGCCAUUAAACAGAACCACCCAGGGGCGCUUAACACAAAAAUUAGCAGAAUAGGCCGCAAUGGCGAAGAGAGUAUCCCAAUGUUGAUGCUAAACCAUACGUCGGACAGGGAGCUGGACUCUAUGCCCCGCACUCGUCCACUAAACACUGUGGAAAAGUCUCCGCCCCGACUCGUGGAAAUAAGUUCCAAUCCCGGCACUCCACUAAAAGUUACUGAAAUUAAGGUUUCUGAUGCCGGAGGAGCAACGACUGCUUUGUCCAGUCUUAUAAUGGCACCAAGUGCUAAUCUAAAUGCAAAUUCUAAUGCUGUAACCAAUAGCAACGCUUUACCAAAUUCAGUUCCAACGACAAUACCCUCAAUUUCACCUACUACAGAGAAAAAAAACUUACCCAAAAGUAUACGAGGAGACGGCGCUGAUGUGGGUAAGGCGCCCCCUGGCGGAACGACAGCAAACAAUACAAGCAUUGAACAACGAUCAGCCAACCACUCUCCCUCCUCCUCUCCUCCCACCUCAAACAACCUGGUAGCCGUAAACACGUAA